AUGCCAGUCCUGCAGACGGUCGGCGAGGCGCCUUUCGUCCAAGGCCUUUAUAUUGGUACUCAUCUUAGUCGUGGGUGGAGGGGAGAAGGCAAUUGGAUUGGCCGUGCCCUACAGAUUCCAUGUCCUAGUCUUGCCAACUCCCUGAAGAAACUCGAUCUUCAGAGGCUAGGUACCGAUAAAGAUAUUCUUCGAUGUGCGUGA